CACUACUGGUCAGAUUCUAAGAAACAGUGGAAUGCAACCUCCAAAAAGACCAGAUUAUGGCACAAAAGGCCGCCUUAUAGCUUUGAGGGCAAACUUCCUCUGCCUAAAUACAUCACCGGAGCUUUCAGACCUGUAUCACUAUGAUGUUGAAAUAACUCCAGACAAAUGUCCCAAAGAAAUAAAGAGGGACAUUGUUAAUGAAGCCAUAAAGAAAUACAAAAAUACAGUAUUUCAAGGCCACCAUCCUGCUUUUGAUGGUGAAAGGAACUUGUACAGUAGGAUAGAACUGCCUGUUCGUGUUAAACUUAACGUUCAACUACCUGGAGGGGAUGGAGGUAGAGACAGACAUUUGGAGGUCAGAAUUCAGUUUGCUGGUUCAGUGAGUCUUUUGGAACUUAACAACUUUUUGAGUGGAAAACAAGAUGUCAAAAGACCUCAUGGUACAGUACAGGCCCUAAACACUGUGGUGCGUCAGAUGCCGUCAUUGUCUAACACCUCUGUUGGAAAAUUAUUAUUUCCAAUUGGUGGUCAAGGAAGAUUCCUGGGAGAGGGGUGUGAGCGGAAAUUUGGUUUUACUUUAAGUGUUCGGCCUUCUGGUUGGAAGGCCAUGCUGGUGAACAUUGAUGUCUCUGCAAAGGGAUUUUACAAGGAGCUUGCUGUUGUUCCUGACUUCUUGUAUGACACCCUCGGGUUAAAACUGAAUAACCUCAAAGACUGCAAAUAUGAAGUGGAUAGAGGAAAGCUUGAAAAAGUUAUAUGUGGACUUCGUAUUCAAACUACUCAUGCUGCCUCUAUUAAGAGGAAGUACAGAGUUUGGGGCGUGUCAGCAAAAUCGGCCGAAAGGAUGCAGUUUGAUGUUACAGAUGAGGGAACAGGUCGCACAUACAAAACAACUGUCGCAGAGUAUUUCAAGGACAGACACAAGGUGACAUUGAGGUAUCCUCAUCUGCCGUGCUUACGAGUUGGACAGAAAAAGGGCACGUAUCUGCCACUGGAGGUCUGUACCGUUAUUCCUUGUGAAAGGAAACAUUUAUCUGAACAACAGAUUACGAACAUGAUCAGAAGUACUGCUCGCCCUGCACCUGAGCAACAGCGUGACAUUCAACACUGGGCCCAAGAAAUGACUCGAGAAAGUAACGAGUAUCUAAGAAAUGAGUUCCAAACCUCACUCAACUCAGAGAUGGUUAAGGUAGAAGGACAUGUGCUUCCAGCACCCAGAAUCAACCUUGGACCCCAGGAUCUGCCAUUGGUUCCUCGUGAUGGCUCAUGGGAUAUGCGCAACAAAUCACUGCAUGAUGGAGCCCGUAUUGAUCAGUGGGCAUUGGCUUGUUUUGACAGGGGAUGUCGGGAAGAACAGCUGAGAAAUUUUUCUGGGCAAAUGGCGAAUGUAUCCAGUCGACAGGGUUUGAGAAUGUCAGAGCAGCCAGUUGUUGUGGCAUACGGCAGGGGCAUAAGAGAUGUUGAGAGUUUGUUUUCUAAGUGGGUAGUAGAUUUUCCAGGCUUACAACUUAUCAUGGCUGUUCUGCCAGAGAGAGACAAACAAAUCUAUCCAGAGUUAAAACGUGUUGGCGACAAUGUUAUCGGAAUUCCAACGCAGGGUGUACAGUCAAAAAAUGUAUACAGUUGUAAACCUCACCUUUGCGCCAAUCUCGCGUUGAAGAUCAACUCCAAACUUGGAGGAAUCAACCAUGUAAUUGCUGCUGUUGUGGCAAGUAUGGAUGCCAAUGCCACAAAGUACUAUGCACGAGUGCGAGCACAGAACCACAGAAAUGGAAAAGCAGCUCAAGAAAUAAUUAAUGACUUGGCGGCUAUGGUGAGAGAGCUUCUUAUUGAGUUUUACAAAGCCAAUCGGAAGCUUAAGCCUAGCAAGAUCAUCUUCUACCGAGAUGGAGUCAGCGAGGGUAAAUUUGACCAAGUACUUGUUCAUGAAGUGCGAGCCGUGCAACAGGCCUGUAUGGAUCUUGAAAAAGCUUAUCGCCCAAGAAUCACCUUUGUGGUGGUUCAGAAGCGCCAUCAUACGAGAUUGUACUGUGAAAACCAACGAGAUGAAGUUGGAAAAGCAAGAAAUGUUCCUCCUGGUACAACUGUGGACAGCGGUAUCACGCAUCCUUACGAGUUCGACUUUUAUCUGUGCAGCCAUAAUGGAAUCCAGGGAACAAGCCGACCCAAGCACUACCAUGUGUUAUAUGACGAUAACUCAUUCACAGCGGACGCCCUUCAGCAGCUCACGUACCAGCUGUGUCACUUGUACGCAAGGAGCACGCGUAGCGUCUCCAUGCCAGCCCCCGCCUAUUUUGCCCACUUGGUGGCCUUUAGAGCUAGACACCACGUGACCGGAAAUGGAAGUGUUGACCUGGAGAACACUACAAAAGCCAUCGAAGUCAACGCUAAGAUGAAAGGAGCCAUGUACUUUACUUAAAAUAUUAAUAAAAUAUUAAUAAAAUAUCACGUAUCGUGAUAUUUUAUUAAUAUUUUAUUAAUGUAUUAU